UAAACAAGGGCUAAGAAGCCAAACGUUCUGGGUAUUUUCAUUGCUCUUAUUUUGCAAGACGAAGUACUGAGGCUCUCUGAAGCUCUCUGAUAGAAUAGAGUCGUUUAUUAGUGUGAAGUCCGUGUCCUGAUACCAGGCUGUGCUGCAGCUAUGCUGUAACAUGCACACAUUUUCAACUGUAAAAUGUCUCUGUGUCCCAUUAAUUACCUGCAGACAGCCAUAAUGUAAUACCGAGGGGACAGGGCAAAGGUAAUCCUUCUAUGUGAAGCCUCAGUAAAAGGGACAAAAUAGUACAAACCACUGCCGAAUGAAGUCGGCGCUAGACUUUCAGGGUCACAGCUUGUCUUGAGAUAUUUGUCAGGUGCCUAUGGGGUCCCGUUCCAGCAGGAUGAAAACAAAGGGGUCUUAAAGUACAGAAAGAAUAAACAGCAAUGUGAUUCAUGGAGAGGGUGGAAGGAUGUUUUAAACUACUAUUUUACAAUUUAGCGAAUGUACUCUUGAGUAAAUAUCGAAAAGAAGAAAGGGUUUUUCUCUUCUGUGCCUUCCCGGUGUGAGGAAGCCUCUCUCUCACCCUUACUUAAUGAAACGGAGCCGAGCCGUUGAUGCCUCUAACUCUUCUUUCUUCUAAUCUCAUUAAUGCCUUCUGUUGGGAUUCUGGUUGUGGGAUAACAUAGGGGCAGUCCUCGGACCUCAAGUGAAACGGGAGAGAUUUUUUCAGUCAGGCUUUUUACUGCUCCGUCAGAAUGUGUGAGAAUCAGCUCAAAACUAAAGCUGACGGCACUGCACAAAUUGAAGUGAUACCAUGCAAAAUUUGUGGCGAUAAAUCCUCCGGGAUCCACUACGGAGUCAUCACGUGUGAAGGCUGCAAGGGAUUCUUCAGGAGAAGCCAGCAGAACAAUGCCUCUUACUCCUGCCCAAGGCAGAGAAACUGUUUAAUUGACAGAACCAACAGGAACCGUUGCCAACACUGCCGCCUGCAGAAGUGUCUUGCCCUAGGAAUGUCGAGAGAUGCUGUGAAGUUCGGGAGGAUGUCCAAGAAGCAGCGGGACAGCCUGUAUGCUGAGGUGCAGAAGCAUCAGCAGAGGCUGCAGGAGCAGCGGCAGCAGCAGAGUGGGGAGGCAGAGGCCCUUGCCAGGGUGUACAGCAGCAGCAUUAGCAAUGGCCUUAGCAACCUGAACACCGAGACCGGCGGCACAUACGCCAACGGGCACGUCAUUGACCUGCCCAAGUCCGAGGGUUACUACAACAUAGAUUCCGGUCAGCCGUCUCCCGAUCAGUCAGGACUGGACAUGACUGGAAUCAAACAGAUAAAGCAAGAACCUAUCUAUGACCUCACAUCCGUACCCAACUUGUUUACCUAUAGCUCUUUCAACAACGGGCAGUUAGCUCCCGGGAUAACAAUGUCUGAGAUCGAUCGAAUUGCACAGAACAUCAUUAAGUCCCAUCUGGAGACGUGCCAGUACACAAUGGAAGAGCUCCAUCAGCUGGCAUGGCAGACCCACACCUAUGAGGAAAUAAAGGCGUAUCAAAGCAAGUCCAGGGAGGCUCUGUGGCAGCAGUGUGCUAUCCAGAUCACCCACGCCAUCCAGUACGUGGUGGAGUUCGCAAAGCGGAUAACAGGCUUCAUGGAGCUGUGUCAGAACGAUCAGAUCUUACUUCUGAAGUCAGGUUGCUUGGAAGUGGUUUUAGUGAGAAUGUGCCGUGCCUUCAACCCAUUAAACAACACUGUUCUGUUUGAAGGAAAAUAUGGAGGAAUGCAAAUGUUCAAAGCCUUAGGUUCUGAUGACCUAGUGAAUGAAGCAUUUGACUUUGCGAAGAAUCUGUGUUCCUUGCAGCUGACCGAGGAAGAGAUUGCUCUGUUCUCCUCUGCUGUUCUGAUAUCCCCAGACCGAGCCUGGCUGAUUGAACCAAGAAAAGUCCAGAAGCUUCAGGAAAAAAUUUAUUUUGCACUUCAACAUGUGAUUCAGAAGAAUCACCUGGAUGAUGAGACCCUGGCAAAGUUAAUAGCCAAGAUACCAACUAUCACGGCAGUCUGCAACUUGCAUGGGGAGAAGCUACAGGUAUUUAAGCAGUCUCAUCCAGACAUAGUGAAUACACUGUUUCCUCCAUUGUACAAGGAGCUCUUUAAUCCUGACUGUGCUGCGGUCUGCAAAUGAAGGGGACGAGAACUCUCAGAGUCAUGGAAUGCAUCGCCGUUAAGACAAAAGCAAUGUGUUCAUGGGGACUUAAGGAAAAUGUCACUACUGCAACAUUAGGAAUGUCCUGCACUUAAUAGAAAUAUUUUUCACCGCUACAGUUUGAAGAAUGUAAAUAUGCACCUGAGUGGGGCUCUUCUGUUUGUUCGUUUGUUGUUUGUUUGUUUUUGAAAUGAUCAUAAAUAUACAAAUAUAGG